AUGCUCCCCGGUACCAACAAAUCAAUUGUCCUUCCCGAUGACUUUGUUCCUCCACCACCUGGGUUUGUGGACUUCAACCUUGCCUCUUAUCUUCUUUUGAAGUUUGGCAAACUUAAUCAAUGUUCACCUGAUAAAAUUCGUGAUAUGAAUCAAAACCUUCUCAACCUGGAAGUUUGUCGCAUUUGGAACGGUUGUAAUGGUUGCCCUAUUGACUCACAUUGUGAAUUGAGUUUAGACGCCACUCCACGAAACUACAGUUUUGUUAACUUUGUGACAAAGACUGGUAUUCGUUCCAGACCACACUAUGUGCCUGUGGUACGUUAUUUCGAGGAGAAAUACAAGGUUGUCCUUCAAUUUUUACACUCGCCACUUCUUCGCGAUCCAACUGGAAGAAUGUUUCCUGUGGAGGCCGUAUGGUUCCGACUCCGUGUCUUCUAA